UUGUUUCAAUUUUUGUUUUUAUUAUUUUAAACGAUGUUAUUAAUUGAUUGUAAAUGUCUACAACAAAAAACGUUUAUCACACAUAUGAAUUGGUUGCUGUUUGAUUGAGUGUGUGUGUGUGUCGAACAAUUUUUAUUCUCUCUUACUGUUUUUGUUAUUUAAAAUCGAGAGAAUCGAUUCCUGGCAACAAGAAUCAAAAACAAGCACACAUAAACACACACACACACACACACACAUGCUAAGUGUACAAGAAAAGUAGUAAUGACGAGAAUGAAAUAUAUGCGAAACAUUCUUGUUAUAAACAUCGAUUAAUUAUUAUCAACUAUGAACAAAUUGCAUAUAUGCGUGAAAAAAAAAGAUUUCGUUUGUUUCAUAUAUCAUUGGGAAAAAAAUGUCUUCAGAUUUAUAUCGUGAUUAUUCACAGGAAAUUCUACAAAGACCAUUACCGAAAUUAGAACCACCACCAGAACAUUUAUUUCAUACAGAAGAUUUAAAUCCAAUGCCAAUGGCCACCAUGGUUGAACGGCAACCACCAUUAUCAUCAUCAUCAUCAUCGACAACAAUUCAUGUUCAUCAUCAGCCAUCAGGUUUUAAUGGUAAUGUUGAAGAUCGUAAACAGCUUUGGAGAGCUAAUGUUAAUUCAGCAAUAUCAGGAACCAUUGGUGCCAAUCCAGGAAUGUGUGCAUUUCUAUUGACAAUCAUUUCAAUCAUAAUGAUUGCCAUUACAUUACCAUUUUCAUUGUUUUUAUGCAUAAAAGUUGUACAAGAAUAUGAACGUGCUGUCAUAUUUCGUUUAGGACGUUUAUCAAAAGGUUCUGGUUCAAAAGGACCGGGUAUUUUUUUCAUCAUUCCCUGUAUUGAUUCGUAUCGAAAAGUUGAUCUUCGAACAGUAUCGUUUGAUGUACCACCACAAGAGAUUUUAUCCCGCGAUUCGGUUACUGUUUCAGUGGAUGCCGUAGUCUAUUUUCGUAUCAGUAAUGCUACUGUGGCUGUUUCGAAUGUCGAAGAUUAUGGACGUUCAACUCGAUUAUUGGCUGCAACAACAUUGAGAAAUGUUUUGGGUACCAAAGAUUUAUCACAAAUUUUAAGUGAACGUGAAUCAAUUUCUCAUAUAAUGCAAAGUUCAUUGGAUGAAGCUACCGAUCCUUGGGGUGUUAAAGUUGAACGUGUUGAAAUCAAAGAUGUACGAUUACCGGUUCAAUUACAACGUGCAAUGGCAGCCGAAGCAGAAGCGGCACGUGAAGCAAGAGCCAAAGUUAUUGCAGCUGAAGGCGAACAACGAGCUUCAAAGGCAUUGAAACAAGCAGCAGAUAUUAUGAUGGAUAGUCCAGCCGCAUUACAGCUUCGUUAUUUGCAGACAUUGAGUUCGAUUGCUGGUGAAAAGAAUUCGACUAUCGUUUUUCCGAUUCCAAUGGAAUUAUUUCACGGUUUCAUCCAUCAUCAUCAACAACGACAUCAACAUCCAAAUCCAAAUGAUGAUGAUAAUUAUGAUCAACGACAAGACAUUCAAUUGCCAACAGAAUCAAUGACAUUGCCAGCAUAAUCAAAAAUUCACUAUUGACGCGAUAAAAUUUACUGCUUAGAAAUCUGAAAAUUUUUUCAUCAACAACUUACCAUUGAGGUGGAAUCAAAAAAAAAAACACCAUCAAAUCAUCAGAUUAGAUUUUAUUUCGAUGACUUGAUUUGAUUCAAGUUCUCAUUUUUUUAAUUGAUGUCAAUCGAACGAAAAUUCGAGCAAACAACAACAGCCACAUCACGGUUUUUAUGAAAAUUCGAAAUUUAGAUAGCAACGCCACCGCGUAUAAAUUGUCUGGUGGUUUCCGUGGUGUGUGAGCAUU